AUGCGUUUUUUGGUCUCAUCCUUUCGGCCCUUCAGACAUACAAUUUCGUCGCAUAUCUCAAUGGGCCAGGCUCUGUCUGCCAUUCGUGUAUUUCAUAAAAAUUCUCACUCACGUACCCAAGGUUUAAGGCGCCACUCUCACUACUGUUGCCACCGCAAGAUAGAUAUGAGUACUUCUACUAAACUUCCAGAGCGUCAAUUGCUACCAGCCAAUGUUAGGCCUACCAAAUAUGAUUUGACAUUGGAGCCCUUAUUUUCUACCUUCAAGUUUAACGGAGAAGAGACUAUACAUUUAGAUGUUCAGGAGGACUCCAGUUCUAUUACGCUACACGCUCUAGACAUCGAUCUCCAAGAUUCACUAUUGAUAACUUCAAACAAGUCUAAGACUCCCCCGCUUCAUGUGACAAGCAAUGAUGAUGACCAAUCGCUCACUUUUCAAUUCAAAGAGGGUACUCUAGUAAAGGGAGAUAAGGUGCAGCUGCAGUUGAAAUUUGUUGGUGAAUUGAAUGAUAAGAUGGCCGGUUUUUACCGCUCUUCAUAUGAAGAGAAUGGAGAAACUAAAUAUUUGGCAACUACCCAGAUGGAGCCAACAGAUUGUCGUCGUGCUUUCCCUUCCUUUGAUGAGCCAUCGCUAAAAGCCGUAUUCAACAUUGCCCUCAUUGCUGAUCAGAAACUUACUUGUCUCUCAAACAUGGACGUGAAAGAGGAACAAUCUCUCGGAGAUAGAAGGAAGAAGGUGAUAUUCAAUCCCACUCCACUAAUUUCUACUUACCUAAUUGCUUUUAUUGUUGGUGAUUUAAAAUAUAUUGAAGCCGACUAUAACUAUCGCAUUCCUGUCAGAGUUUAUGCCACCCCUGGUUUAGAGAAGCAGGGUCGUUUUUCUGUCGAGCUUGCUGCUAAAACAUUAGAAUUCUUUGAGCAACAGUUUGAUAUUGAUUAUCCUCUUCCAAAGAUGGACAUGGUGGCGAUUCAUGAUUUCAGUGCAGGAGCUAUGGAAAACUUUGGGCUUGUUACCUAUAGAGUUGUUGAUUUGCUGUACGAUGAAAAAAAUUCAAAUUUGGCUACUAAGCAACGUGUUGCAGAAGUUGUCCAACACGAAUUGGCGCAUCAGUGGUUUGGUAAUCUUGUCACAAUGGAGUGGUGGGAGGGCCUUUGGCUGAAUGAAGGCUUUGCUACAUGGAUGUCUUGGUACUCUUGUGACAAGUUUUUCCCUGAUUGGAAAGUAUGGGAACAAUAUGUUACAGAUUCUUUACAACAGGCUCUGGCUCUGGACGCUCUACGUGCUUCUCACCCUAUUGAAGUUCCUGUGAAAAGGGCCGACGAGAUCAAUCAAAUUUUUGACGCAAUUUCCUAUUCUAAAGGAUCCUCCUUGCUAAAAAUGAUCUCCAAAUGGCUCGGAGAGGAUGUGUUCAUUAAGGGAGUCUCCAGUUAUUUAAAAAAGCACAGGUAUGGUAAUACGAAAACCACCGAUUUGUGGGAAUCGCUUUCUGAGGUGUCUGGAAAAGAUGUGGUCAAAGUUAUGAGUAUCUGGACUGGUAAAAUUGGAUUUCCAAUCAUCUCAGUAACUGAAAAUGCAAACCGUAUCACUUUUACUCAGAACAGAUAUUUAACUACUGGUGAUGUAACUCCUGAAGAGGAUACGACGAUUUAUCCUGUUUUUUUGGGACUCAAAACAGAAAGCUCAACUGAUGAGUCGCUGGUCCUUGACUCAAGGUCAAUGUCAGUAGAUAUCCAGAAUUCUGACUUUUUCAAAGUUAAUGCUGAACAAGCCGGUAUUUACAGGACCAAUUAUGCACCAGAGAGAUGGAUCAAACUUGGAAAGCAACCUCACCUUCUAAGUGUAGAAGACCGUGCUGGUUUGGUUGCGGAUGCGGGCGCUCUGGCUAGUUCUGGUCACUCAUCUACAAGGAACUUUUUGAACCUUGUAAAUUCAUGGAAAGAUGAGUCUAGCUUUGUUGUCUGGGACGAAAUAACUUCCCGUGUUGCAGCUUUAAAAGCAGCUUGGUUAUUUGAAUCCCAAUCUGACAUUGACGCCCUGAAUGCUUUCGUAAGAGACCUUAUUUCUACGAAGAUCAAAAGUAUCGGAUGGUCAUUCAAUGAUAAUGAACCAUUCCUUGAACAAAGACUAAAGAGCCUUCUAUAUGCUACUGCUGCUGGUGCAAAAGUACCAGGAGUAGUUAAAUCAGCAUUGAUAAACUUUCAAAAAUACGUUGCUGGUGAUAAGACUGCCAUUCACCCUAACAUAAAGGCAGUUACGUUUCAAACUGUUGCGGCCCAAGGAUCUGAAAAGGAAUGGGAUCAGUUACUCGACAUCUACAAGAACCCUGUAUCUAUUGAUGAGAAAAUUAUUGCUCUUAGGUCUCUCGGAAGGUUUGAAGAUCCCAUCUUGAUCGCAAAGACCCUGGCACUGUUAUUUGAUGGUUCCGUAAGGUCACAAGAUAUUUACGUACCAAUGCAAGGCCUUCGUGCGACUAAGAUAGGAGUAGAGUCACUUUUCAAGUGGUUGACUCUUAAUUGGGACAAGAUUUAUAAAUUGCUUCCACCUGGUCUGUCAAUGCUUGGUUCUGUGGUUACUAUCAGUACUUCUGGGUUCACUUCCUUGGAUGAUCAAAAGCGUGUCAAAGAUUUCUUUGCAUCAAAGGAUACCAAAGGCUUCGACCAGGGUUUGGCCCAGGCGUUAGACACCAUCCAAUCCAAGGCAAGUUGGGUACAACGUGACUCUAGGAAUGUAUCCGAUUGGCUACGUGAGCAGGGAUACAAAAAAUAG